CUUCAAUUUUUAAAACAUAUUUCAUUUGAGGGGCAAAUAAUCAACAGUAUGGGGAUACUUAGCGUUUCAUUCAUCUUUUGCUUCUUCAUAUUGGGAGUCACGAGCGGUUGCCGGGUUUUCGCCCCAAAUUUGAUUGAUCCUCAUUGCGGGGUUGCAAAGGAUUGUUAUUACAACGGACAAAAUAUAUUUAAGACCAACAAUGAGUCAUGCAGAAGGGAAAAACUAAAUAAGGAUGGUUUUUCAACAGUAAUAAGGGGAAAAUGCCCUCUUGAUAAGCCACCAUGCUAAAGAAUGAACUCAAAUGGUUUAUUUAGUAUUAAUAAAUAUAUAAGAAAAAUAUAAAUUUAA